UCAGCCAAUCAGCCGCAAAGUGAUAACGACCGACUGUGAAUAGACUUGUCGGGUGUUUACUGUACGUAUGUAUUUACUAUUAGUUCAACUCAUACAUCAUACUUUAACGUAGGUCACAAGCUAGAGCUUGUACGCAUUAUAAAACAAAUAUUCUGCUGUCGACACAAUAGCUUGAAAUUUCGUGAAGUCUCCAUGUCACGAACAUUGCGAGAGUUCGUUUGUGACUAACCUCUGACAAGGAGUAGACAGACAGUUUUUAAAAAUGGACAAAAGGUUGGAUACAACAAGGUCAAGUUACCAAGAAGAUGCCUCUACUCACUCUAAAAAAGCCAGGAAAAGAUCCAACAAAAAGAGCAGUAUGUUAGGUCCUUGGAUGAAUAAUAUUUCGAGCAAUCAAAAUAGCGACAUGGUACCUGGUAUGGAGUAUCAGCAAGUAAUGUGGCAGUCGAAUAUACAACAGAACAUUCAGAGCAAUGGACAACGUUUAUUUACGGCAGCUUCUGACCCAAGCAUGUGUGGAUACGCGCAAAUGCCAAUGACAUAUACUAUGGAACCUGUUUCCUUGCCAACUAUGUAUAGAGUGUAUCAACCAGUACCAUUUUCUGGUGUCAGAACUAUUCAUAAUAGACCCAGACGGCAUUAUAAUCAAAAUCAUCCUUUGAAUAUGGGCGUAAACACUGCGGCAAACGGUUAUACGAGUCUGCAGGAGAAUGGAAUGGAAUCUCCCAUGCCUAUUAAUUAUCAAAAUGGAGAUUACACAAGUUUACCACCUACCGCGAAUAAAACUAAUGAAAUUAAUGGAGAUGAGCCAAAUUCUGAACAUCGGAGAUAUUCUGAUCCUGGUCUUGGGUCGGCAGACACCCCUGCUCAUACGCAAAGUGAAGAUUCCGACAGUGUUGGCAGUGGAAGCUCUAUUACAACUAUCGGACGUAGCAAUAAGCUUAUUCUAUCAUUGAUCGAGCAGAUGACAGAAUUGAAGAAGAGUAAUAGUCAGUUAUUUAAAGAUUUAAAUGAGACAAAGUCUGAGUUGGGCAGUAUGAAGACAAAGUUUGCACAGUGUAAAUAUAAUACCUCUUCAGAUUAUCAGCCAGGAAUGUUAUCAGAUCUUAUCAGAGAAAUUAGGCAAGCCAAUAAAACAUGCGAAGAAGGAUUGGUCAUUAAAGUGAAAUCUAUGUUGGAGGAGAAACUAAAUGAAAGGUCGUCGGAAGUGACCAGUUUAAGCAAUCAAGUUCUAAAGUUGAUCGAGGAGAAGGCGGAGAGCGAGAGGCGAAUCGCGAAGUUGGAGGACGAGGUUGCUGCCUUGAAAUUGCAGGCUAACAACGAAGGCCGCGAGAUCGCAGCCUUCGAGGAAGAGACGCUGGCGCUGCGACGAGAGCUGCAGGAGGCGCGGGCGUCGAAGACCCUGGCCGAGACCCACGUGGCAAAGUGCGUAAACGCAAGAUCCGCCACGCCUGUAUCGUUCGAAACGCCGUACGAAACCAGCACGCCCGUGCGUACCGCUCUCUCAGACACCUGUAGCCUGAUCCCGUCGGUAGUCCCGACCUCAGUCCCGACCUUGGUCCCGUUCCUGCGCAACCGACCGAACGGCGAGGAGCUGGCGCACCAUCAAUUCGUCAACGAAAAGUCAAGCCCGUAUCGUAGCCCGAUGUUGGACACCUGGCCGGAGGUCGAAGAGACCACCCGGACGCCGGUGACCAGCAGCCAGCCGGCAUUGGCCAGCAGCAACGGGGACCGCGAGGACGGCACCUUGGAGGAGACAUCGAGCCUGACGUCCACGGACAAUCCGUCGGAUGUUAGGAAAGAGGACUCGGGACACGAGACCGAGUCUAUCGAAGCGUCUAGAAACCUCGAGGACAAAGAGGCCGAGAAGACGAACGAGGACACGGUUGCGUUCGCUAAGAACGACGGGGACAAGGUCGACUCCGUACUAGUCUGCACGGAGGUUGACGAAGGAAUCGCGUCCAGCCUGACGGAGAACAAGACUAAGAGUUCGAGGACAGAGGCGAGCAAGGAGGACGGGAUUCAACGCGGUCAGCGGGGAAGCUCGAAGAAGUCGAGGAAGAAGAAGGGUAUGAGUAAGAGGUCCUUCAGCGAGGCGGAUAGAACGGCCGAGGGUGCGUCCUGCACCGCGAAAGACCGGAGAACGGUGAGCGAGGACGAGCAUCGUCUCGAUGACGGUGGCGACGAUGCGAGCCGAGCCAUCACCGAGAUCCCGGAAGUGACCGUAGUCGGUGGUGGCUCCUUCGUGCCGAAAGAUCUCUGCUCGACGAGAAUCCUGACCUCCAGAGUCCUGACAGCACCUUCACGCGCUACCUACACCACCGCCUACAUUUAGGCUAUACGUACGCGCCGGUCCCCGAGCGAAAAAACCACCCUGCGCACCACCACUUCGUCGCCGCGUCGCAAAUGUCGGGGGCUUCAAGGGCUUGCUAGAGGCUACUACUAUGUACAUGUCGUUAUAGCACGUAGGUCUAUCGUUCUGGUUCAAUUCCUCGUGUACGCUUCCCGCGUCCCGUUCUUCGACGUCCCGGCACGCUUGGUCCUUGGCUUGGUUCACCUUCGCUCUCUAGAAAAUAAAUUCGAUUGUUCAGGAUCGUUCAGUGUCCUGUGCCGGAGUUACUUCCGACUCCGCGGGAGUUAAUACAACGCUACAGUGGUCUGGGAAACAAUAAUUUCUGGCGAAAAUUCGAUUUUUCAACUUUCCCAGUUGAUCUUGACAAUUUUUGUUUCAGAUUUCAGCGUUCUAAAGGCAAAAAUAUGAGAUUAGUUUUUUCAAGCUGACUGUUUUAAUUACUCGUUAGGGAAUAUUGAAAAUCAAGUUCUUGCUAUUCUUUUAUGCAUGUAAGCGAUUUAUGUUUCAACUGUUUUGUACGUGUCGAAAGCAUCUUUUUAGCCCACGUGGGAAGAAUAAUAGAAAUAUGAGAUUAGUUUUUUCAAGCUGACUGUUUUAAUUACUCGUUAGGGAAUAUUGAAAAUCAAGUUCUU